AGACUUGUAAGAAAACUAUCUUUACAGAGUUGAGGAAAUUGGUCAUCUCUUCUUUUUCCCGAAAUGGCUGAUCAAAUAUCUGAUGUCAGUGUUUCUCUGUGUUCCAGUUCGAAAUAUGUGACACCUUUCCGCCUGAACUAUAAACAGGAUGGUGUGGAAAAGACAUGGGACUACAUCAAAGGACAUGACAGCAUUGCUAUUUUGUUAUACAACAAGGACAGGGACGUAUUUCCAGUGGUAAAACAAUUCAGACCAGCGGUGUAUGCAGCCAAAAUCAAGGCCUUCACUGAUGGACAGAAAGUAGACACUGACAAGCAUAAAGGAGAGGAGGGGAUGACCCUUGAACUUUGUGCAGGGCUCAUGGAUAAAGACAAAGAUGUUACAGAGAUGGCUCAAGCAGAGGUCUUAGAAGAAACUGGUUACAAAGUUCCUCUGGAGAAUCUCAAGAAAAUAACUAGUUUUAGGAAUGAAGUUGGCGUGAAUGGAGCAUUGAUGACACUGUUUUAUGCUGAAGUUACCGAUCAAAUGAAAAUCAGUUCUGGUGGGGGAUUAUUGGACGAAGGCGAGCAGAUUGAGUUCUUAGAACUUUCAGGCAAAGAUGUGAUGAGGCACAUGAUGGAUGAAAAUAUUGCAAAGCCUGUCGCCAUGAUGUUUGCCUUUACUUGGUUUUUCUUCAUGAAAGAUAAAGAAGAGGUUCACACUUGAUGAAGAAUCAUGUUAUAAAACUUAUAUUAUAUAUUUUAUUUAAAUUGGAAUUGCACAAUUGUCUUGAGGCUAAAACAGCGAAGAGUUUGGAAAUUUUUUUUAAGAGGGAGCUGUUUCAAUGUCAUUUUACAUUGAUAUAAUGACCAAAUUUUAUAAGCGCUUCACUAAGUAUUCCACCCAUACAUGUUAUCCAAAUAUAACACAUUGAUGUUAGGAAGAUAUGUUAAGACGGACAAGGCAGACCAAAUUAAUGCAAUUAAAUGCCUUCAUUAUCAGUAUACAGGGAUUACAUUAUCUUAUGAUCAGUUUCUUUGGUCUCAUGAAAUCAGGGAUGCCAGUUUUUCUGCUAUGGUUAAAUUUGAGGCCUAGAUAACUUUCAAUCAUAGCCAUUUUCCAGGUGUUUUCAGGCUCUAUUUUGUACAGCAUGUAUAGAUCUCCAUGCCUACCGGUAGUCCUUUUGUUAAGCAUAGUGGGUAAAACUAUGUCAUGUCUCGGGUGCAAUUUUGUACUGUUAAAUUAAAACAUUAAUUGUGGUGCAGUGCUGUACCACAGCGUAAUAAUGUUCGAAUUUACAUUUAGUAUGCAGUUAUAUCAAAAUGUAAUUUUAUUGCCAAGAUUUAAUAUAUAAAUAUAUCAUAUGCAUGUUAUUUCAUAUAUACAGCAUAUUUUAUUCAAUUUCAAGGGAGACUACAGUAUUAUAGAACAAUGGUAUCCCUUAUUCAUAGUGCUUAAUGUACUCUCUACCAAGUUUUUUCAAGUUUCAGGAUUUUAACAAGGUGCAAUUUCAAUACCAGUGAAGAGUAGAGCAAUAUCAGCAAUUUAAUUUCAAAGUAAAGAGGAUUAUUGGUAAAUACAAUGUAAAUGGAAUUCUGUUAUGCUAUGCUGCACCUUACUGAAGUUAAAAUUUACUUAAAAAUGAUCUUGAAAUGAAAAUCGAGAGUAAAGAUUUGUCUUUAUUGGUAUGAAGAAGAUGUAUAUAUUUUUAAAACAUGUUGGCACAUCAAGAACACAUUUUUCCUUCUAUUAAAACAUGAUGCUAAGAAGGAAGUGAAUAUAUCGUUACAAAGUGUGUAAACUAUGCAAGCAUCAUGUACAUGUAUCUCACAUUCCUUCUUCUUCUACAAUGCCAUUGAAGCCAAGGGAAUCAAUGUAUGUGUUUUGUUUUGUUAAUGAUAGAGAAGACACAAUAUAGUAGUGGAAUCUUGUUAUAAAGAAGAACAUUGUAACAUUCACCAUUACAAGGUAAUGUUGGCAGUCCCACUUCUUUGUAUUUUAUUUAUCUCAAUAAUACAAGAAAAAUUCAUUGCUUCUAAGUAGUUUGUUAUAACAAGGUUUAACACUACCAGUAUUCAGAAUCAGAGCUCAAAUGCAUUAGGGCCAAGGAAUAUCCCCCCCCCCCCAGGCUAUUAAAUGCAGCAGUUUUAGUAGCCUCCAAUUUUGUUCUUAUGCAUGAAUUAAGGACUAAAUUUUGUUGAGUUUUAAAAGACCCCCACACAGGAAAGAGAUAUUGCAAAAAAUGCUGAGAAUAAUGUAUUGUAGUACACAAAUUUUGAUAUAUUCCAAUAACAUUAUAUGUAAGAACUUCAUAAUUUAUAUACAUUUGAAUAAAUCCAAAUUGAAAUCCAUAGA